UUUAGUAAGAAAAAGUGCAUGAGACCAACAGGGACGCUUUCGUACUCUUCCAGAUCUUUUUAGAAAAUUUAAAUCAUAAGAAAAAAAUGUGUUGUUGAAAAUUGUGAAAUAAAUAUAUUUUUUUUCAAAAUGUCGACCAACAACUCCGUAUUGGAAUACGGUCAUACGAAGCAACGAUUAGAAGAGGAUGACGAUUUACAGGACAAUUUUAGAACAAAAAGUCAAAUAAAACAUAAAACAUCAACGUCACUAAUGUCAAUUCCAAACGCGGUGAAGUUAUCCAUGCUGAACAGUGGAUUCAUUUCUAUCAAUAAAUUCAGCAAAGAUGAGGAUGGAAAAGUGCUGUCAUCCCUGCCAAAACGUGCCGUGCCGAAGGAAAUGUUUUUAAAAUUGUGUGAAGAAAGGAGAAAAUUCCCAAUUUUAUAUAAAGUCGAAUUUCAGAUAGCGACGAAGAAUGAGAGUGGUAACACGACCAGACAUGCCACCAAAGUUGCCAAUAAGGAGAAAAAUCAGAACCAAAAAGUCAUUCCAUACGACUACAACCGGGUCGUGUUGGAUCCGACGAAUCAAGAAUUCAGCGGAGAUUAUGUCAAUGCGAGCUAUGUCGACAGCUUGCUUCGUCCAAAUGCAUACAUUGUAGGUCAAGGUCCCAGUGAAACAACGGUCGGGGACUUUUGGCGAAUGGUCUGGCAAAAGAAUGUGACGACGAUAAUCAUGUUGACAAAAACUUUUGAUUUCAUUAAAGUGAUGUGCAUAAAAUAUUGGCCAGAUUGGGAUUCGAAACAGCCCGUGACGUAUGGCGGAAUUACGAUUCAAAUCGCUAAAGAAGAGCAGUUAGCAUGUUUUGUUGUGAGGACGUUGAUGAUUAAACCGGAAGUGGGAGAGUUUGAAGAAAGACAAGUUAUGCAAUUCCAUUAUACUGAAUGGCCAGUCCACACGUGUCCAUUUUCCACAGCGUUAUUAGAUUUUAGGAGGAGGGUCAAACAGUUAAUAGAGCAUUUGAAUUUAAAAGGGCAGGUCUUAAUUCAUUGCAGCGAUGGAGGGGGAAGAUCUGGUGUCUACUGCAGUAUCGAUGCAAAUCUCGAAUUAUUAGAAGAAGACGGCGUUCUGGAUGUUUUUGGCUAUUUAAAAAAGUUAAGAAUGAGCAGAAAGGGUUUAGUGGAAAACAUUGACCAAUUAAAAUUUGUAUAUGACACAUUAGAAGAAUUUGUAAUUUGUCGUAAAACGUGGUUUCCAGUUUCUGAGCUAUCGCAAAUUCUCAAGUCAAAAUCCUUAAAAGAUCCACAUACGAAGAUUAAUGAAUAUCAGAGAGAAUUUUUGUUAAUAUGCAAGCAAACUCCUCGUUUCUCUAUUGGCGAUUGUGCUGGUGGUCAUCGUGGAGAUAAUCGAGACAAAAAUAGGGAUGUCCUUAUCAUUCCACCUGACAACUUCCGGCCGUAUUUGACAUCGUUCCAAGGAAAUUCAUUCACGGAUUAUAUCAACGCUGUCUUUGUGGAUGGAUACCGUUGUGCCAGGGAGUACAUCGUCACGGAAUGGCCUUUACCAGAUACGAUAAGCUAUUUGUGGUCACUCGUGUAUGAUUAUGAUGUCAGUGCUGUGGUCGUUUUAAGUAAUCCAGAUGCAAGCACGCAAUUCCCUCAUUUUUGGCCAGAGACGAGCCGAUCAAAAAAAUAUGGACCAGUUUUUACAAUUGAUCACUUAUCUCACAAUCAUUAUCCCAAUAUUAAAAGCUGGGUGUUUCGAAUCAAUAAGAAAAUCGUUAGUUUAACUGAGUUGAUGGCUGGUGUAAAAGCUGAUCCGAAAACAUGUCAGUUAUUUCAAUUAACCUGUUGGCCUAUGGAACAGAAAGUACCCAUGAGCACAAACUCGCUGGUCGAGUUGAUGAACAUGGUUGAACGUUGGCGAGCUAGGACGGGUUAUGGUCCAGUUGUGGUCGUUAGUCCUGAUGGUCGAAGUAGAUGUGGCGUUUAUUGUGCGGCGAACGCUUGUAUCGAACAAGUAAUUUUAUACGGUGAAGUUGACGUAUUUACCGCCGUGAAAACCGUACGACGCCAUCGACCACAAAUGAUUGAAAAUAUGACCGAGUACAAGUACUGCUACGACACAACUCUUCAUUACGUUUUGCAUUAUUUGAACAAGGAAAAUUUAUCCAAAGAAAAUUUAACUAAAGUGUAAAAUAAAUAUUUCUCUUUCGUUCCCUUCU